UCUCCUAUUUUUUCGAAAAUACCGUAAGCACUGUAUGUAGUGCAUUCAAAGUUUCAGUUUCAAAGAGUACAGAUAAAUAAAUUAGGCUAAGUAUCGCAAUAAUUGUGUUAAGAAUCUACCGAAAAUGGAUUACAAUUCGUUCAACAAUAAGCAUUACUCGAUACCAAGCCAAUCAGUUGCGGGCGGAUCUGGGUUUUUCCAGCCAAGUUCAUCGGGCAGUUUUUUAAAGGUUCCCAAUCCGACAGUGAUUUUGAAACAGGAAGGUAUUGCUUCUGGUUCUAACAGUGGAUCCGCUACUCCACCGGUAAACUAUAGUCAAAAUGCACCGCUAUAUCCAGAUCAAAAUGCACAUAUUGUCGAUUCAAAACCCGCUUAUUAUACGAAGCCGCUGGACCUGCAGCUGAUAUCGAACCAUUAUCUAGGACAUCCGCAGCAAAGCGGUCAGCAACCGGCUGCUCCUUUUCACAUGUCGCAUGAAUUCCAUCACGAUCAUUCCAAUGCAUCAACGAUUAGCUCCGUAGUUGACCCGCAACACACCCCGUACAGUGUACAACCUUCGCCGGUACAUACUGGACAGAUAGGAGUUGUACAACAUACCUCCUCAGUUCCGGUGGAACCCGUAGCUAAAGCUCGCCAUGAUUGCGAAAUGUGUGGCAGGGUCUUCGAUACGAAAGCGAAACUGGAGAAACACUAUCGAACUCACAACGAAGAGCCAACGUUUGAGUGCAGGAUGUGUGAGAAAAAGUUUCGCAGCCAAAGUACGCUCACUUGCCACGAGAAGGUGCAUGGGGAGAACGGGGUGGACAACAAGUUUUCUUGUGUUACAUGCGGUAAGGUUUUUAAAGCGGAGGACAAGUUGCAGAUUCACAUGCGCUUGCACACGGGCGAAAAACCAUAUCAAUGCAAGAUCUGCCUGAAGUGCUUCAAUCAUCAGUCGAACUUAAUUGUGCAUUCACGCAUUCACGAAACAGUGAAAAAGGCGCUUAAAUGUGACCGGUGCAACAAGGUGCUGGAUAACGAGCAACGUUUGGCGAUUCACAUGAGACUGCAUACCGGCGAAAAACCGUACAAAUGUUCGUACUGUGAUAAGCGAUUUAACCACAAGAGCACCGUCUGUACGCACGAGAAAACCGUGCACAUUUCUUCCAACGCUUACAAGUGUUCCCGUUGUCACAAGACGUUCAACCAGAAGUGUCAGCUGCAGUACCACGAGAAGCUGCAGGAACCGCACGUGAUUGCGUGCAGCAUGUGUGAGAAGGUAUUUUGCUAUAAGGCCAGUCAUAAGGAGCACAUGUUUAAGGCUCAUUUACCACGGCAGAGUAAAAGUCGUUUGCUGUAUUCCGGUCAUGCUUCCGUUGGUGAGGGCGAAGGUAGUGGUCGAAAUAAAUUUCACUGUAACAUCUGCGACCGCCGGUUCUACUACAAACGAGCUCUGGAUAUGCACAUGGGUGUCCACGAUUCGUCACUGGACGUAAACGUACUUUACUUCUCGUGCAACUACUGUCCGGAAACAUUCACCGACGAAGAACCUCUGCAGAAGCACGAAGCAGAACAUGUCGCUAAUAAUACUACGGAUUUCAUGGAAAACUUGAAAUCACAAGAGCAGAUGGAAAAUCCAGAAAAUGGACAAGUUGAGGGAAAGUACCGCUGCCCAUUGUGUUUCAACCGAUUCGAUGAGAUGAGUGCUCUUCGAGAACACCAUAAGACACAUUUGUGCUCAAAGCCGGAGGAGUGCGAUAAAUGUAAACCUUCGCUGGCUGAAGAUUGUAACCUAUCGCAAAGCAAUUAUGACGAAAGCGAGGACAAUAAGGAGACGCAGUGUCACAUCUGCGAACGUGUUCUACCGUCAUUCGAGCUGUUUCAGAAUCACUUCCACUAUCACACCUCAAGGGUACCGUUCUACUGCUACCACUGUCGGCAGGAAUUCCACGACAAGAAGGAACUGUAUGCGCACACUAAAACGCACGCUCCCAGGGAUACCGAGUCGUACACGUGCGAGGUUUGCGCCAAAGUGUUUUCCACCAAGGGAAACUUCCGGCGGCAUUUAAAAUCGCACGAAGCAGUGCGCGCUUUCGCUUGCGAUCGGUGCUUCAAACAGUUCGACUACAAGAGUGCGCUCGAUUCUCAUUUACGGAAAGCGCACGGUAUCGAGUACUCAUGAAGGGUGCGAGGGCAAACAGUUGAGACAGGGAUAAAGAAAUAAGCUGCCGCUGACUUACAUUUAAUUUCUCAGUUAUUCUUCUACAGUAUUUGUUCGGUAAUUAGUGGGGUAACUGGCUUUACCUAAACUAUGCCUGUUUGGCUUAAGUAACGAUGACUAAGGCGAUAUAAGCAUAUACUCAUGUCGCACAUGUGAUGCAUAUAGAGCUUUAUAAUUCUGUCUUAUAUUACUCUUAACGGGAAACUAGCAGUCAUUAACUUUUCGUCGGAAAGCCCAAUUUCGGAAGCAGUUUUUUGGCCCAAAAGCGGGGUUCUGUUUAUAGAAAUGUAUUCUCUACAUUCUUCUUGCCCAUCUGAAUCCAGCGAAUAUAUUUUCAUGAACAAAAUUUUUGUUUUCAACAAAAAACCUGCCUUUGAAAUUUGCAGAAUCGAUGACGAUUAAUUUCACCCUAAACGACUUAAAAGACUGGACUCCAAAAUUUUGAUUGAUUAAACUUUCUAAAUAUUUCUUCGGACUCAUUGCUCCCUUCUGCAGUUCGAAAGAAAAUGGUAUGUUCGUUAUACUAUAAAAAUUCUUAUGAACCGUUUUCUGUUUCACAAGCUAUAAAAUAGGCUAAUUUUCGACUACAGAAGACAAACGUAACUAACGAACAAAUACUGUAUAAGCAAUUGUAUCUAUUUAAACGCUUCGAAAUAGUGUUAACGUUAUAAAUGCUA